ACCCUUCCCUUUUUCCACUCUGUCCCUUACUAGUGGUCUGAUCAGAAGGCACGAAGAAAGCAAAACACCUGAAACACACCCAGACCAGCACUCCCACCCCCUCCAGCACGGCUACAACCAUAAGCAUUUUGGAAUCAGCCGACACUGAUCUGGGGAUUAUUAACGCCACCUCCUUCAGUUAGAUAGUGAGUUGACUGUGGUGAAAUACAGAGCCACAAAGAUAUAAUUCUGUUUCAAUACUGGCCUAUCAAAUCAACCCACAGUCCAUAUUCUACACAUGAACAGGAGAAAAUAGUGGUUGACAUUGCAGUGUAAUUUCAGCGGGCUUCAACAGAUGGCACAAGAGGGCUCUGCUCGCAGCGUUAAAUCUGGUUACCAGUGAAAUAAACAUUUGAGGAAGUCCUUCACUUUCCCGCAGACUGCCAGUGAGACGGACCAGCAGACUGUUUCGCCUGUGGUUCAUAAGCAUCUAGUUGGCCUGGUGCAGAAAAGACUCACUGGGGAUUUGUGGACUGGAGUUGGUGGCUGGAUAGAGUGUGCGAUCACCGGUUAAGGCAAGUCAGGGUCCUGACCUGAUGCCCCCAGUGUCUCCAAACAAAGAGUCUUCAUGCGUGGUGACAGAUGGGGCGCUACUGGGCCCUCUCCUAUGUUAGGAGAAAACAGGGUAACGAGGGAUCAUUGGGCACCUCUACAAAAAGGAUCUGUAUCAACAUGCUCUGAAGAAUAGCAACUAUAAUGUCUAGCAUGAGAAAAUGACUGAAACUAAUUUUACCAUCUUCCAUUUUGUCAUCACCUUCAUGUUAAUACUUGAGAUUAAAAUCCAGCUAUCUGAUGGAAGUGAAUCUGUAGUUGACAGAUCAAAGAGAGGUCUCAUCCAUGUCCCCAAAGACCUAUCCUUGAAAACAACAGUCUUAAAUAUAUCACACAACAAUAUAUCUGAGCUACGAACUUCUGACACGCUCUCGCUACCAAAGCUGAAGAUUUUGAUAAUUUCUCAUAAUAGAAUCCAGUAUCUUGACAUCAGUGUUUUCAAAUUUAACGAGGAAUUGGAAUACUUGGAUUUGUCCAACAACAAGCUGAAGAAGAUUUCUUGCCACCCUGCUGUGAAUCUCAAGCACUUAGACUUCUCAUUUAAUGCAUUUGAUGCCCUGCCCAUAUGCAAAGAGUUUGGCACCAUGUCUCAACUAGAAUUUCUGGGUUUGAGCGCCACACAGUUGCAAAAAUCUAGUAUGCUGCCCAUUGCUCAUCUGCAUAUCAAUAAGGUUUUACUCGUCUUAGGGGACCUUUAUGGGGAAAAAGAAGACCCUGAGAGCCUUCAAGAGCUCAACACAGAGAGCCUGCACAUUGUUUUCCCCACAAGAAAGGAAUUCCACUUUAUGUUGGAUGUGUCAGUCAGCACAGCAGUAAGUCUGGAACUGUCUAAUAUUAAAUGUGUGCUAGAUGACAAUGGAUGUUCUUAUUUCCUAAAUGUUCUGUCCAAACUUCAAAAUAAUUCAAGAUUAUCAAGUCUCACUUUAAACAACAUUGAAACAACUUGGCAUUCUGUCGUCAUGAUGCUCCAGCUGGUUUGGCACACAAGCAUAGAGUAUUUCUCAAUUUCAAAUGUAAAACUACAAGGUGAGCUUACUGACACCAAUUUUGAUUAUUCAGACACUUCACUGAAGGCCUUGUCUAUACAUCAAGUUGCCAAUGAUGCGUUCACAUUUGAACAAGGUAACAUCUAUAGAAUCUUUUCAAACAUGAACAUCCAGAAUUUCACAGUGUCUGGCGCACACAUGCUCCACAUGCUUUGCCCACUCCAAAACAGCCCAUUUCUGCAUUUGGAUUUUUCCAAUAAUCUCUUAACAGAUACAGUUUUUAACAAUUGUGGAACCUUGGUUAGGUUAGAGACAUUUAGUUUACAAGUGAACCAAUUAAAAAAACUUGUAAAUAUAGCUCAUAUGACGAAGGAGAUGAAGUCUCUACAACAGUUAGAUGUUAGCCAGAAUUCUCUAAGUUAUGAUGAAAGUGAAGGGUAUUGCUCUUGGACUAUAAGUUUAUUAAGUUUAAAUAUGUCUUCAAAUAGACUUACUGACUCUGUGUUCAGUUGUUUACCCUUCAGGGUCAGGGUUCUUGACCUUCACAAUAACAGAAUAAUGAGGAUCCCUGAAGAUGUCACCGGUCUGGAAGAUUUGCAAGAACUCAAUGUUGCUUUCAACUCCUUAGCCCACCUGCCUGGAUGUGGUACCUUGGGCAGCCUCUCUGUACUGAUCAUUGACUAUAAUUCAAUUUCCAACCCAUCAGCUCAUUUCUUUGAGAGCUGCCAGAAGAUGAGGUCCAUAAACGCAGGGCACAAUCCAUUCCAAUGUACAUGUGAGCUCAGAGAGUUUAUCCAAAGGAUAGGCCAAGUGUCGAGUGGGGUGGUAGAGGGUUGGCCUGACUCUUAUAAGUGUGACUACCCAGAAAGCUACAAGGGGACCCUACUGAAGGAUUUUCACGUGUCUCCAUUAACCUGCAACACAGCUCUGCUGAUUGUCACCAUUGGGGUGACUGGACUGGCGCUGGCUGUUACUCUGACUGUCCUCUGUAUCUGUCUGGAUCUGCCCUGGUACCUCAGGAUGGUGUGUCAGUGGACCCAGACCCGGCGCAGGGCUAGGAACAUUCCCUUAGACAAACUCCAGAGAACCCUGCAGUUCCACGCUUUUAUUUCCUACAGCGAACAUGACUCUGCCUGGGUGAAGAGUGAAUUACUGCCAAACAUAGAGAAAGAAGAUAUACGGAUUUGUCUCCAUGAGAGGAACUUUGUUCCUGGCAAGAGCAUUGUGGAAAAUAUCAUAAACUGCAUUGAGAAAAGUUACAAGUCCAUCUUUGUUCUGUCUCCCAACUUUGUUCAGAGCGAGUGGUGCCAUUAUGAACUCUACUUUGCCCACCACAAUCUCUUUCAUGAAGGAUCGGGCAACUUAAUCCUGAUCUUGCUGGAACCCAUUCCGAAGUAUUCUAUUCCCAGCAGCUAUCACAAACUCAAAACUCUCAUGGCGCAGAGGACUUACUUGGAAUGGCCCAAGGAGAAGAACAAACAUGCACUUUUUUGGGCUAACCUAAGAGCAUCCAUUUGUAUUAAGUUGAUGGAGCGAAGCGAAGAAUAGAUCACACGUACUUCUAAAAAUAUUCCCUUUUCACUGUGGCAGCUUUUGGAAGUUCCAACAGUGACUUUAUUUUGCAUCAACAUGAAUCUAAACAUGACUUUGAAUUUAUGAAAUAGAUAAAAAUGUGUAUUUUUCAGGUUCCAGCUCACCAUUUAUGGUACUAAAAAUAAAUAAAAUGAUAUAAUUUUGAUAUAAACCAUUAAUUUCUAGCCUAUGAGGGAGUCCCUUGUUUUUCACGUGAGUUCACUGAAUUUAUUACGUAAUCAAGAGAAGCACCUGUUGAAACAACUUCAGUGAUAUAUGUCUUCCCAUGUCCCAGAGUUAAUGAUAGAAAACUCCUUGCCGUUUGUACCUGUAGCUGGGUUUGUAUGGCAUAUUUCUGUAGCUGUUGGUGCAUUUUUCAUUUCCACUCAGCACUUGGCUCUAUGUGUUGAAGACCGCUUAUUACUAGUGCUGGAGACACUUUGCCUGAAGGGCUUUCUUUCUGGCCAUGGGAACCCACUCGGCCCACAAAAUGGGCAGUUCAGAAGUGCUGGAGAUUGUCCUUGGAAGCAGCCCUUAACCAGUGUCACAAAGAGAAUUGGCAGAUAAGCACCCCAAGUUUCUUGCCUAUUUGGAGGGGGUAAAUCUAGGGGUGUCCUUUACACUUUCCCUGAGUUCCCCAGGACGAUAGAAUUCUGAUUCUCCGUGGUAGAAAACAACUUCAUAAAGCAUUGUUUAUUGGGUUCCUUUUUAUUAUCUCAUAUCCUCAUUCCUCCGAGGUGUUUCCUGGGAUCAGCUCUGAAGUAAAUGACUUGUAGUUCAAUACUUGACUCGGGGACUACAUGUGGAGGACCCACAUCCAGAGUGUGUUACAUCUCAGGCCAAAUGGAAACGUGGUUUCCUGUGGCUGGAGACCUUGCUGGGACUCGAGUUGUCUGCACUGGCAUGCAUGAGAGCCUUUGCUGUUUUGGUUAGGAGAGGAAUGUGCCAUUGUGUACUGCUUCUGUACAUAUAGCAUCCCUGUUUGGGAGGACUAUGAAACUAGGGCAUGGGCCGAUUAAAGCAAUGCAAGAAAUGA